UUGUGCUUUCAGGUCUAUUAUCAUGAAAGUUACACUUGCGGUCACGAACACGACAUAGCGAUACUUGAGCUCGGUGAAAAUGUUCUCGAAUCUGAGGCGACACCCAUUUGUUUGCCGAAGGAGAACGAAGAGAUUUACCAUAACCUCAAGGCAAUAGGAGCAGGCUUAACUGGACGAAAACAUUGCGGAACCCUAACACUAAAAUAUCCCAGGAUCUCAGCGAAUAUUUCAGCCGACGAAAAGUCAAAUCCACCUGACGGACAGCAACUCAUCCAUGUCACAUUCUCAGAAUCAAGAAAUAACGUGAUAAUAGUGAAAACCGCUCCAAGAGGUGAUAGUGGAGGUCCGCUUUUCCAAACCAACGAUGAAAAGAGAAAUGUGCUGAUGGGAGUGAUGUCUGAAGGCACUUCAUGCGAGGAACAUUACGAAAAAUUGAAAAGUAAAUACUCCUUCGACGAUACGUACGAUAAAUUCACUGACGUGCGUCAAUAUUUAUACUGGAUAUGUGAUAAGACAGGUGUCUGCGCUCAAAAUUGA